CGGGUCUCCCGCCGAGUACAUAGCGGCGGAGCUCGGCCGCUGGUUGUGCGCGGUCUUGUAGUGUCGGUUCGGUGCUCGCUAUGGGGUCUGCUCCGCCCGUGUUCAUCGGCGCUGAGGAGGUGGAGAAGCACCUGCAACGCGCUAGCCUCCUGCUCCCCGGGCUGGAGGCCGCCUUGGCCAACUUCUCGUCCGGCGCUGUGGGGGGCGUCGCGCAGCCCGUGCGCACUGUGGUGCCGGUACACCGGCACGGCGGGUUCCUAGGAGUCAUGCCUGCUUACAGUGCUGCUGAUGAUGCUCUGACAACCAAGUUGGUGACUUUUUACGAGCACAAGAAGGAUUCCUCUGUCCCUUCUCACCAAGCGACCGUCCUCUUAUUUGACCCAAGAAAUGGUUCUUUAAAAGCUGUGCUGGAUGGUAGUGUCAUAACAGCAAAACGAACAGCUGCAGUUUCUGCAAUUGCUACCAAGCUGUUAAUGCCACCUUUUGCAGAAGUGCUAUGCAUUUUGGGAGCUGGUGUUCAAGCAUACAGCCAUUAUGAUAUUUUCACAGAACUCUUCACAUUUAAAGAGGUCAGAAUAUGGAAUCGCACCAAAGAGAAGGCAAUGAAGUUUGCUAAUUCAGUUAAUGGUCCAGUGCGGGUCUGCUCUUCUGCUCAGGAGGCAGUUACUGGGGCUGAUGUAAUUGUAACAGUCACUAUGGCAACAACACCGAUUUUAUUUGGAGAUUGGGUAAAACCAGGUGCCCAUAUCAAUGCUGUUGGAGCAAGCAGACCAGACUGGAGAGAACUGGAUGAUGAACUGAUGAAGAAUUCUGUUCUGUUUGUGGAUUCCAGAGAUGCUGCUCUUACAGAAUCGGGAGAUGUUAUAUUAUCAGGGGCAGAGAUUUUUGCUGAGCUGGGAGAGGUAGUGAAGGGUACAAAACCAGCCCUGCCUGAGAAAACAACAGUGUUUAAAUCACUGGGGAUGGCAGUUGAAGAUACAGUAGCAGCAAAAUUUGUUUAUGACUCAUGGUCUGCUGGUAACUAGAGAGAAGUCUACAGUGUUAGUGAGGCCAAGAAAAUUGUUUGCACUUAGUUUCCUCAGAUCUCUUGUUAACAAGACAGACACCAAACCUAUCUGCAUAUGUCCCUUAUAGAACAUUCAAGAAUGCAAGGUAAAAUUUCAGCAAUGGACUAAUUCUUAUAGUUUUCUAAUGGCAAGUGUUAGAUACCUGCAGUAUUACUAAUAAAUAUAACUCUCAUAAUGGCAAGUACUAGAUGUUUGCAGUAAUACUAACAAAGGUAACUAUGU